AUGGCGCCAAAGAAAGGCUCUGCCUCCGGCAAGAGUAACAAGAAGGCAACACCAGUCGUUCCCGACAGUGAACAUAUAGUAUUCACUAAGCAGAAAAACGACAAAAAGAAACAGGAGCCGAAAGAUUCCGACCCAGCCCCGCCCCGCCCCGACGUGAAAAAGAUCAUCGGAGGCGCUUCAUGGACCGGCAAAUUGCCUGUCAAUCUGCUAUCUGAGCAUUGUCAGCGAGAAAAGUGGAACAAGCCCGAGUACCAGGGCCGUCAAGUUCCUGCAGCAGGCGGUGCAGACAAACUUCACCGAUCGUGGGUUGUAUUAUCGAAAACGGAUCCGAAGACGGGCUCCGUCACAAAAGUUCCCCCAUUCCAUCUCCCUCCGAGUCACGUCCAUCUCGCAGACCAGCCAACAGCGCUUGAAGCUCGCCAUUUCGCAGCGGCUUAUGCUUUGUUUCGCGUGUCUAGCAUGAAGAAUUUGGCGAUGGCAUUGCCUCCAACCUACCGGGAUCUCUGGAAGGGUGACUUCCAACGUCUCAAGGAAGAAGAUAUCAAAGAAGGUAGGGCGUGGAAAUAUGAGGCAGACCCGUUUGCCGCGGAAGCCAAGGGUCAAGAGAUCAAGGCUGCGCUAGAAAAGCGAAAACAAGACGAAGCGCGGCAACCUCCCAAGAUUGUAAUGUCAGGUUUGCCUGGUUCGGGCUCCGAUAACGUUGCGUCGAAAGCCUGGGAUCGAGCACCGCGACUGGAGCUGGGACCGGAGGCUCGCACACGGACUGAGUCGUUCAUCAGGUCUCGAAGCAUCUGGAACCAGAAUAGGCUUAAAAUCUCCAAGGUGGACAGGGAUAAUAUCGCGUCCGACCUAUCCCGAUCUGGCUUUCAACCUUCCCACGUCCAAGAAGCCCUCGCAAACUGUGGCACACGGGAAGAAGUGUUAGAAUGGCUCCUCAUUCAUGUUCCCGAAGAUUGCCUACCUGCGUGGAGCUUCCCCCCCGGUUACAAUGCAGGAAUCACUCUCGUCAGUAGCGACCUUGCAACGGAUGCCAAGAUGAGGCGAUUGAGCCAAGGAGGCUACCCUAGCCAGCUCUGUCUUCAAGCCCUACGUGACAACGACGGUGACGAGGCUCUGGCAUCAGAGGCUCUACAGUCACGUCUUGUACCAUCCGAGGUCGAGCUGGUUGCGGAUAUAGAAAGCAACGCGCACCUUUGGGACGAAGAAAUGCUUGCGUUAGAAGCUAUACUUGACAGGAGAUUCAAGCUGUCUGGUGCAAAUCGAUGUUCAAUCCAGGCAGAUCCCAACUCAAAGAUCUCAGCCACAUUUCACUUUCGUCGUCCAAGCUCCGGCUAUCCAAACAGGUCGCCUGUUAUUUCAAUUGAAGCACCCCAAAUACCGAGUUACAUUCGCCUGAGUGCAACCAAGAGAGCGCUCAUAUAUGCACAGGAGCAACUGCUUGGCGACUCGAUGAUAUUCAGUUUAUUGGAAUGGUUAGAGAGCUCGAUACCAAGCAUCAUCGACAAUCCUGGAAGGCUAGGUGACUUGGAGAUAACACCUUCGCCAGCGGGAAGGAUGUUCGCGGUGACCCAGAAUGCAACGUUGCAUGAUUCCAAACCGGCAAGAACAAUGGGAAAAGUAUACAUGAAGGACAAUCGAUCCAGCCAAGCAAUAUUCGAAGCUUGGAGAACGCGACAGAGCUCGGCAACUCAACGGACAAUGAAUUCAGCAAGGCAGCGUCUGCCGGCAUGGUCCAGAAAAGAGGAAAUCACGAACGUGGUUGACAAAUCGCAGGUGACUCUCAUUACAGGAGAGACCGGCUCUGGGAAGAGUACCCAAGCGGUCCAGUUUAUCCUGGAUAACGCAAUCGAGAAUAUGCGAGGCUCUUCCCUAAACAUCAUCUGCACGCAACCCAGGAGAGUCGCUGCUCUGUCAUUGUCCGAGCGUGUCAGCGCGGAGCGAUGUGACCGGGAAGGCCAGGAAGUGGGAUACAUCAUCCGAGGAGAGUCGAAGGUCUCUUCAAAGACUAAAAUCACCUUCCAGACCACCGGCGUGCUCCUUCGCCGCCUGCAGGGCUCAUCUAGUAUUAGCUCUGCCCUGGCGAACGUCAGCCACGUCUUCAUUGAUGAAGUCCACGAACGGUCUCUGGAUACGGACUUUCUCUUGGCCUUGCUACGUGAGGCUUUACCCUCUUUGCCUCGUCUGAGGAUUGUCCUGAUGAGUGCCACACUCAACGCUGACAUCUUCGCCGACUACUUUGGUGGCAAUGGCGUUGGCAGAGUCCAUAUCGAGGGUCGCACGUAUCCGGUCGAGGACUAUUACCUGGACGACGUUGUCCGGCUCGUGGGAAAUGAGAAAAGAGAUCCGCAGCAAGACUCGGACGAUGAGCCUGCUGUGGGAAAGGCGAUCCAGAGCCUAGGAAUGGGCAUCAACUACCAGUUGAUCGCUUCUCUCGUACGAGAUAUUGACAUGCAAUUGGGCAGCUCAAGCGGCGGUAUUCUCAUCUUUAUGCCCGGCACUUUGGAGAUCGAACGUUGUCUCAGGACAUUGGCCGGCUUGCCCAAUAUUCAUGGUCUACCGCUCCAUGCUUCUCUGACGCCUGCCGAGCAGCGGCUAGUAUUCAGACAGCCUCCGCCAGGCAAAAGAAAAGUGGUUGUCGCCACGAAUGUUGCCGAGACAUCAAUCACUAUCGAAGACAUCGUGGCGGUGGUCGACUCAGGCAAGGUCAAAGAGACUAACUACGACCCGGUCACGAAUAUCGUGCGCCUUGAAGAGGUCUGGGCUUCCCAGGCUGCCUGUAAACAGCGCCGUGGCCGUGCAGGCAGAGUUCGGGCGGGGAAAUGCUACAAACUCUUUACGAGGAACGUAGAAGCCGCCAUGGCAGCCUCCCCUGCACCAGAGAUGCUCAGGAUGCCAUUGGAGCAGCUGUGUCUUUCCGUCAAAGCGACUGGUUCGGCUCGCAAUGUGGAGGAGUUUCUGGCAAACACUAUCUCGCCGCCGGAUGCACGGGCUGUCGCUACCGCACUAAAGACCUUGCGUCGGAUGGGUGCGUUGGAGAAUGAUCGCUUGACCGGUCUUGGGAACUACUUGGCGAUGAUCCCUGCUGACCUGCGAUGCGCGAAACUGCUCGUCUACGGCGUUUUAUUUGACUGUACCGAGGCUUGUUUGACAAUUGCUGCCAUCUUGGCGACAAAGAGCCCGUUUUUCUCGCCGCGCGACAAAAGAGACGAGGCGAAGGAGGCGAGAUUGUCCAUGACCGCCUCGGACGGCGACCUGAUUGUCGACUACCGAGCAUUCGAGCUGUGGAAAGAGCUGUCUGCCACGUCGCGAUACAAGGAUGUGCAGAAUUGGUGUUCGUCGAAAUUCUUGUCUCUCCAAACUCUCCGCGACAUUGAGUCAACUCGACAGCAGCUUCUCGAUUCCUUGAUCGAGGCUGGCCUGCUACCUACCACUUACAACGGUGAUUCAUCCCCCUACAACCGACAGAAGGGCAACCUCAUGCUGCUACGGGCCAUAGUCGCGGGAGCGCUAAGUCCUCAAAUUGCACGCAUCCAGAUGCCGGACAAGAAAUACAUCGCGUCCAUGAGCGGUGCGAAAGAACUCGACCCGGACGCCAAAACAAUAAAAUACUUCAACGAGGAAAAUGGAAGAGUGUUUGUGCACCCGAGCAGUGUUCUUUUCGACGCCCAAGGGUUCUCUGGCAACGCCAGCUUUGUGAGUUACUUCACCAAGAUGGAGACGAGCAAGACGUUCAUCCGGGACUUGACGCCGUUGAACCCAUACGGCCUGUUGCUGUUUGGUGGGCCACUCGAGGUCGAUACACAAGGACGAGGGGUUGUAGUAGAUGGGUGGGUGAAGUUGAAGGGGUGGGCCAGGAUCGGUGUAUUGGCCUCACGGUUACGGGCAUUGUUGGACGACGAGCUGAGGAGGCGGAUCGACUCUCCUGGCCACCUCGAAGGCGAAGACGCGGCAGACAAUGGUGGGGUUUUUGAUAUUGUUCGACAUUUGGUGGAGCUCAACGGGCAGGACAGAUAG